AUGUCGUAUAAUCAGCAACCUACUACGCCAAAAGAUCAGAAUAAUAUCGCCAAGCAAGAUUCGAAUAAUUCGUAGAUUUCUCCUUAGCAACAAAGAUUCAAUCCAGGAAUAAAUCAUUCAGUUACAUUAGGAAGCAUAGCUAAUCCACAAGGUCAAAUUCUGACAAUGGAUGAAUUUCUGCAGAAAAUUGAUCCAAAUGAAAUUGAGAUCAAAGUUGUCAGAUUUGACAAGAAAUAUUUCGGAUAAUCUACGUACGUGAUAGAGAUAUUCCUGGUUGAGCUCGAAGUCUGCUAUGAAUCAAACAAGGCUAUCACUGAAUUUCAAGCAUUUUAUGAAGCACUGAAUAUGAAAUUCAGGAAUCUUAAGUUAUCUGAAUUCCCCACUAGCUCUACCUUCAAGAUGAAUUCUUCGAAUGAGAAAAGGAUUUAAAAGUUCUAGGAGUUGUUUGAUCUGAUACUGAGGUACGCUUGCAGAUACUAGGAGAUGGCUUAACCUCUCAUGAUAAUGCUUUAUAAGUUUUUACUCUCAAGAGCGAAGAUUAUCCAAAAGAAACCUGCUUAGUAAUUAGAUGCUAGCACUAAAUCAAAUCAUCAGAGGCAGCAUAGCUAAACAAUUUCUUUAUAAAAUGAGUAGUAAAUCGAUACGAAGUAAGAAAGUCUGACAUCUCAGCAACUGAAUAAAAUUUCAGAAGGGUAGGAUUCUUCCUAAAACCAAUAUCAGAGUCUUGGUGGUGAUUUAAGUUAAUCCAAUCAACACUUUAAAUUAGUCCAGAAUCGUAACAGGGCUGAAUCUAUGAAACUUUAUGAGCCAGCAAAUCUAUUGGAAUUUGAUAGCAAGGAUCAUGAUGAUUUAAAUAUGAUAUUUGAGACAAAUAGCGAUAAGCAAAACGAUGACAUCGCCAAUUCUAAAGGAUCCCUAAGCGUUAGAAGCAAAGGCUCGAAAAGAAGGAGAAGAUCUCAAGAACCAUAGCUAGAUAAAAUAAUAGAUCAUAAUCUUUCACCAGAUAUUCAUGCAGUCAAAAGACAAAAUAAUUCAGCCAAAAGAGGAAAUAAAUAACAUUUAAGGAGUAGGAUAAAUAGUAAUUAAGAGGAGGAAACUAAAUUUGAGAGUGUUACAAGUCAAGAAAAUUAAAAAUAAAAAGACGAAUUAUCUGAGAAAAAAUAUAAAUCUGGAUAAGUAUAACUUUAUGAAAAAGCUCCCGAUGAAGAUGUAUCUCCAGAUAAAAAAUAAUCAAUCCUAAUUACUCCUAAAGCUAAUUAAGAACAUUCUAUUAUCAGUAAGUUCUAGGAGCAAUCUCAAUCUGUUGCGAACCAAUAGCUUCAGAAUAGAAAAGCAGAUGAAAGAGCGAAACAAGCUAAAUUCGAAUAAAAACUAAAAGAGAUCAGAGUCCAUCGAGAAAGUUAGAUAUCACUUGAGAAUUUUGACUAUCUAUUUGCAAAGCUUCCUCAUAAAAAUGAUUGGAAGAAAUACUAUGUCAGAUAUAAUAACUCUCAAUUGAUGUUUUGCAACUCAGUAAAGAGACAUGAUUUCAAGUGUUCAUUCGUGCUAUACAAAGCAGUGGUUAGAAGAUAACGAAUCUAUAUUGGUGGAGUUGAUGAUGAUAGUCAGCCAAGAAAGAUAGAUGCCCUCAUGAUCUCACAUAAAUACGAUGAUGAUGCGAUGUAUAUCACCAUACCUGAGAUUUAUGAAUCACCUGAAUUCCAAAAGAUUUUUCUGCCAUUACUUGAUGUGAUAGAACAAAAUCUAAAUAAAAAUGCAGCAAAUAUCCCUGAUAACAUGGUGCCAAUAGAUUAGACAAACAAAAAUCCUUUUGGAAAGAUCAUGAUGGAGAUUUAGUCCAUCAAGCAUUUCCCUUAUUAUCACAACAUAUUCGUAAGAGUCACGUGCAAUCCAUUUGUAUUGCAUUCUAGGAAAAUUCUAGACAAUCAGUUAGAAUUCUAAUAGAGAUACUACAUUCCUGUUCAUAAUCAUUUCAAUACACUGAAAAUAGAAAUCAUUAAUAUACUCAAUGAUGGGUGGUUCAGAGAGCACGUUAAAGAGUAGGUGAUUGCAACUUAUGAAAUAAGACUAACAGAUAUAGACAAAGAACCUUUUGAUGAGGUAGGUCUAAUAAAGCUUCCAAUAUCUGAGACAGUAGACUUUAAAAAACUUGGUCUAAGGCCCGUCUAAGAUAUGGAAAACUAAGUAAAAAAGAAAUAAGCUUAUUUGUAGUUAAGAGUAUAAGAUAUGACAAGGAUCGAUUCAAUGAUAGUAUUUAAUCCUAACAGAGAUAUUGUAGAGGACAGAAGGAAGAAGAGUGGGUAUGGUUUCAAAGAGAUAUCAACAGUGAUGACAAGGACAAAGCUGAUAAUUUUCUUAUUUGAAUAUUUAAGAGACAUUGAUAGGCCUGUACUAUAUUUUGACUAUCCAAGAUUUUCAAUUCUUUGGUUCGUUUCUCUUGAGAUAUUUACGAUUACUUUCAACCCUUUUUACCUUCUGACAUACCUGACUAUAUUUGUUUUCGUCCUAGUUGGUUCUUACUCAGAGUUUUGGGUUACUUACAUUACCCCUCACAUAAGCGAGAUAUUCUUUAAAGAGGAGCAUUUAAAUAAAUUGAUAAUCCCGAAUCACUAAGUAAGAACACAUGAUCAGAUCUCUUAAGAGAAAUCAAUGCAAUCUUUAAGAGAGGCUUCAAAUGAAUUGAAACAGAUGCAUUAGGAUUAUAACAUUAAAGAUAAGAAUAUUCUUGGUAAAUUUAGAGAUUUCAAGAAAAGUUCAACUGUCACUUUAAACUAUAUGGAUAUAACUUGUGAUUUCUUUGAAAAGACAAAAAAUCUAAUCAAGUGGGAGGAGCCUAGAAUGACAAAGUACUUCUUGCUCUUGUGUAUAGUGCUGUUCAUUGCUGUCACAUUCAUUCCUAUAAGAAUUAUAAUCUCUGUAUAUCUAGUUUACAAGUUUUACAGAGGCUAAUUCUACCAUCAAAGAAGAAUUAGAAGUAACAGGGAAAUCAUUAGUAUAGAAUUCUUGAAUUUCCUUGAGGAAAGCAAGCUUAAAUCAAACUUUCUUAAUAACUAUGAUGAGCAGUGGGAGAAAGUAUUGGGGAAAAGCAUGAAUAUCAAGCUAUUUGAAUAGAAGUUAAGUUUCUAUUUCUAAGAAACUUUAAAGCUCUACUUCCCAAAAGAUAUCCUUAAACUUAAAGACAAUAAUAAUGCUAACUAUAUAGCUGAUACUCCAAAUAAAUUAAUAGAUUAUGUAUCCAAGGUUAAAGAUAAACUGCAAUUGCCAUUAAGGGAUAGGAAUGAACAGCAUUUAGAGUUCAAUUCUAAUCUCUAUAGAAGUGCUAUUCCUAGCUAUAUAUACCUUCUUAAUUUCUUAAUGAAUAGAGUCCCAUCUGACAUUUAUCGAAUAAAGAAUCCUAAGCUUGAAAUUGGCUAGGAAAAUAAAGGAGCUGAUGGAAAAGAGAAAGUUUUCACUGUAAAAUAGGAGGUUAGGGAAGAUCUUAAGGGAGUAAUAGAAAAUGACAGUUAAAACAAUGCUACUGGAGAAAGAUAAGGUAUAGCUAAUUAGAUUUUAAGUGGCAUAUAGCAAUAAAUAGAGGAGUCCCUAAAUGUUAAAAAAUAAAAAUGA